AUGAUCUUCGAGUCACAGUACCACGUCGACAUCCCCUCUGUCGACCUGCUCACGUUUCUCUUCUCCCGCACACCCUUCAAGGACGACGACCCGAUAUGGAUCAACCCGUCCAACCCAGACAACCACGUCACCCUCGCCAGAGCCCGCGACCUCACACACCGCAUCGGCCAGGGCUAUCGCGAUCUCGGCAUCGGCAGACACGGCGCCGGCAGGGACAUUGUCCUCUCGUACGUCGAGAACCAAGUCAUGGUCGCGCCCAAUAACCUCGGGGUGAUCUGCGCGGGCGGCGUCCACGCGACGUGUUCCGUGACGGCAACGGCGUUUGAGCUGGCGAGGCAGAUACGGCUGAGCAGACCCAAGAUCCUGAUUUGUUCGGCGCAGACGAGGCACGCCGCCGAGGACGCCAUAGCCCAGUCCGGAGUCGAGGGCAUUCGCCUCGUGAUGAUGGUGUCGGCCGAGUUGGACAUCGUGGACGCAAGCGGAAAGUCCGUCGUCAGUGACAGAAGACUGGAAUGGGAGAGGGUCACCGACCCUGCUGUCCUAGAACGGGCGACGGCUUGUCUCGUCUAUUCCAGCGGCACGACAGGCAGCGUGGUCAUCACGCACUCCAACAUCGUGGCCAACCUCUGCCAGAUGGCCUUCCACUUCGACCACUUCGCCCAGAAAGCCAUCUCCGAGGGCGUCUACCUCCGCAUGCCGGGGGUGAUGCAGAACGCCGUCGCGGUGGGCAUCUUCGUCCAGAACAUGAUGGCCCUGCAGUGCGGGAUGCAGGUGUACAUGUUCCCCAAGUACGACUUUCCCACGCUGAUGGCCAGCAUCAAGACGUUUCGGUUGUCGGCCUGUUUCAUCGUCCCCGCCAUCUGGAACAGGGUCGUGCAGGAGUGCUCGAGGGAAGAUCUGGCGUCCAUCAGAUUCGCCAUGAGUGGCGCGUCACCCCUGCCGUUGCCCCUGCAGUUGAAGGUCCACGACAUGUUGCCCGAUGGCGUCGUGUUGCGGGUCAAUUGGGGUAUGACGGAGACGGUCACCGCGGCGUCGCAGCCCAAUGCCACCGAGGUCGACAGGGAAGGGAGCUCGGGGAGAUUGUUGCCCAAUAUCCAAGCUGUCAUCCUCGGCCCUGAUGGGGAAAAGCUGGGCUACAACCAACGGGGGGAGUUGUGUGUCAGAGGACCAAACAUCAUCAAGGAGUACUUCGACAACCCCGAAGCCACGCGCGCGGCAUACACGAGCGACGGCUGGUUCCGCACGGGGGACAUUGCCCACUUCGCCCGCGACGGCAAGCUCUUCAUCGUCGGCCGCUCCAAGGAACUCCUCAAGUACAAAUCCUUCCAGGUGAGUCCCACCGAAGUCGAGUCCAUCCUGGGACAGUUGCCCGGAAUCUCCGACGUCGGGGUGAUUGGCGUGCCCGACGGCCAGGGCAACGAUCUCCCUCGAGCGUACGUCGUGCGGUCCGAGCGGGGGAAGGCCGACGGUCUCUUGGAGAAGGAGAUCCACGACUUUCUCAACGCGCGGGUGAGCAACUACAAGCGGUUGCGGGGAGGGGUGCGGUUUGUGGACGAGAUCCCCAGGAAUCUGAACCAGAAGAUCAUGAGGGACGUGCUCAAGAAGUGGGUGGAGAGGGAAAUCGGGGAGAGGUCGAAUUUCCGGGCGCGAUUAUAG